CCCAUUCUCCCAUUGAUCCGUCCCCCUGAUCAACCAGAAAGGAACACAAGAUGGCUGAGCAACUCAUCCUCAAGGGCACCCUGGAGGGCCACAAUGGCUGGGUCACCAGCUUGGCCACCUCUUUGGAGAACCCCAACAUGCUCCUUUCUGGUAGCAGAGACAAGUCCCUCAUCAUCUGGAACCUCACCCGCGAUGAGACCUCGUACGGCUACCCCAAGCGCCGUCUCCACGGCCACUCUCACAUCGUCUCCGACUGUGUGAUCUCUUCCGACGGUGCCUACGCCCUCUCUGCCUCGUGGGACAAGACCCUCCGUCUCUGGGAGCUUUCCACCGGCACCACCACCCGCCGUUUCGUCGGCCACACCAACGACGUUCUCUCCGUCUCCUUCUCGGCCGACAACCGCCAGAUCGUCUCCGGUUCCCGCGAUCGCUCCAUCAAGCUGUGGAACACCCUCGGUGACUGCAAGUUCACCAUCACCGAGAAGGGCCACACUGAGUGGGUUUCCUGCGUCCGCUUCAGCCCCAACCCCCAGAACCCCGUCAUUGUCUCCUCCGGCUGGGACAAGCUCGUCAAGGUUUGGGAGCUCUCGUCCUGCAAGCUCCAGACCGACCACAUCGGUCACACCGGCUACAUCAACGCCGUCACCAUCUCCCCCGAUGGCUCCCUCUGCGCUUCCGGUGGCAAGGACGGUACCACCAUGCUCUGGGACCUCAACGAGAGCAAGCACCUUUACUCUCUCAACGCCAACGACGAGAUCCACGCCCUCGUCUUCUCCCCCAACCGCUACUGGCUCUGCGCUGCCACCUCCAGCAGCAUCAUCAUCUUCGACCUCGAGAAGAAGAGCAAGGUCGACGAGCUCAAGCCCGAGUUCCAGAACAUCGGCAAGAAGUCCCGCGAGCCCGAGUGUGUCUCCCUCGCCUGGUCCGCCGAUGGCCAGACCCUCUUCGCCGGUUACACCGACAACAUCAUCCGUGCCUGGGGUGUCAUGUCCCGCGCUUAAGCGGAGACGUCGGAGCCGGGACUGGUUGGCUAGGGGACGUUGUGGACGGGAGGCUUGCUGCGCGGUUUCUGUCGGCAGUCCGUGAAGGACGCCGCACGCGUCGUGCUGCUGCUGCAUCAGGGCAAUUUCGAAGGAUUCCAUGGUAAAGGCGUAUCUCGGAACUGCUUUGUAUCGUCUUUGCUUUCUUUCAUUUUAAACAUACCAAAAUGAAAGGACAACUGGGAGCUAUGGGAAAAAGUUGCAUUCUAAUGUCACGCGAACGGGCCUCUACGUGCAGCGUAUUUUGGUCCACCUAUGGCAAUGAAUGAUAACGAAGGCCAAGAUGAACCAUCUGUUGUGUCCCU